AAAGUCACAAAAACUACGUUAUUUCCAUCAUUUUCUGCUAAUCUAAACUUCGUUUAAAAAUGAGUAUUUUAACGUUAUUUCCUAUACUCACAUACUUUAUAAAGUCAGCAGAGGGUUGCAUGAGAAUGGUCCCACCAGAUGAUGCUUAUAUUUCUACUACAAUGUCUCCAGAGGAAAUGCCGACAACGAUGGCAAUGGAAUCAACGACUGAAAAAGUGUGUCUUGACACUAAGAAUUCUCCUUGUGGCAAGUUGGAAAACAAAUUUAUAUUGAAUGGAGUCAAAGUGGAGUACGUCGAACGAAAUGGAUGCACGGUUCCACGAUGCCCGAAUAUGUUAUUGCCAUCGGUUUUCUUUGUGAACAGUAAAAGUGAAAUUCCGAUAAUUGAUCCAUUAAAACCAAGCUUUACAAUUCGAGUCCUACCUCCAUUGAAAUACGCAGAGUUAGAAGCCAGCUCUUUCACCGAAUAUUAUGGACUUUCAUGUGAAGGCAGUGCCUGGACAAUUUCGAAUUAUCCACAUGGAACUACAACACCGACAAAUGGUGUGGCUGCUGGUAGAGAUGGGUCAACUGACGGGAAAAAGAGUCCUAUAGAUUUUAUUGGAUGGUAG